CCGCAGUCUUCGACGGUUGCCUGUCCGUCCGUUGCAAUUUUCCGUCGUUGUUGUUCACUGUCGAUUUUAAUCGCCGAUCCGCACUUGCCAUAUGUAUUUACUCUAGUCCGUAACACGAAUCAACUACACAUAUAUUUUUUCGAAUAUUAUUACAUCUAUUCAAACUUUAUUUUUAAGAAAGCGUAAGAACCUCGCGAACUAAGUAAAUCUAUGUUGUAAACUUUGAGUGAUUGAGUCUCUUUAUUACAUUUCAAUGACAUUGGAAGUAAUUAAUUGAUCAUACGUGAAGAUUUUUCGAAAUCCAUUCGAGAAAGUGAUGCUUCAAAGAAACGUAAAAGAGUUGGAAUUUUUAUUGCCGGAAACCAUACAGUGAAAUGCUGAAAUUAUUUCAUCAACGAAGAAAGAUUGAGGCAGAAAUCGUUUAUUGUAAUUAAGAAGAUAACGAUUCUCAUCGAAGAUGAGAAAUCAGGCGACGCUAGCAUGAUCAACAUCGGUACGAUUAGUAUCCUGAUAUUCUUCCUAAUCCUCGACAAUUUCGAGGCAAUUACAGUCGUAAACCAUCAUUCCGACGAUGAAUAUAUCCUUGAGCACGAAGUCCUUCGCAAAGACGCGCUCGUUGAAGCGAAGAAACUGGAGAUAUAUUCUGGACCCAUUCCAGGAUGCAAGCCUUGCGCCUACUCCGAGAUGACUUACUGCAAGAAUGGCAGCGUUAUCAAUGAUCAUUGUUGUUGCGAUGGCAGCUUCAACAAAGUGUUUCCCUUCGUCGAGCACACUUGUCGCGUGGGACCAGAGGAAUGCAAGGUGCACGCUGAAGACUGUGCAGAAUAUACGAGACUGCGGGAAUGCUGUUGUCAUUCGUACUUGGCUUCCACCUGGAAACACCUAGCGAGUGGCACCAAAUCGCGGGCCAGUAUGAAUAUCAUCAAAUUUGUGAUGAUCCUUGUGAUGAUUCUCAGGUUACAUCUGUCGUUGGCCUAAAACGCACAGCACCAAAAAUUUUGUAUAUUAUUAAUUAUUUUAAUAAAUUGUUUUUAUUACUGAGAUCCAAA